ACGACUUUAUUGAAUUUACCACCUCCAAAAAAAAAAAGAUUUACUUUACCACCUCAUAAAAAAAUUAAACAUCAGUUUUCCCACCUAAGCCUAACUCCGGUGACGGAAACCGCCAGAGGGGCCCGCCAUAACAGCUAGUUUUUGAAAUUAUCCCCAAAUUCUCCCGAUUUCCCAUUGAUUUAAACCUAACUUCUUCAUUUCUACAUCUAUUUCGUGAAGAUUGAAGUUUUUUUUUGCCAUUUUCUUCACAAAUUCUGAUUUUGGGUGAUCCUUAACAAUCCCACAUCCUCAAAUUAUCAAAUUAUUGAAGAUUGUACUCGGCCCUGAAUCAAUUGAACUGUUCGACGACAAACAGCGAAAAGGUUCAGGAAACAGAAAUUGAAGCAGCUCAGGUACGAGUAAUUGUUGUUGCUCAUCCACGGAUUCGGUAUUUAUAAGAUCAAACACAUUUUUGUUUGCAAUCCUUAAGCCAUUAAGGAUACAAAUCAGACCAAAAACCAAGCUAUAAGCAAAUUAUAAGAUGAACUUUGGCUCAUUUACUACCCAAAUUAAGGAUUUGUAAAGAAAAUCGCAAAAAAAAAAAACUUCAAUCUUCAACAAUUUGAUGUGGAAAUGAAGAAGGUUGUUUAAUUAGGAGGAAAAUCGAGAGAAUUUGGGGAUAAUUUCAAAAACUAGCUGUUAUGGCGGGCCCCACUGGUGGUUUUCGUCACCAGAGUUAGGCUUAGGUGGGAAAACUGAUGUUUAAUUUUUUUAUAAGGGGGUAAAGUAAAUCUUUUUUUUGGAGGUGGUAAAUUCAAUAAAGUCGUUAUUUGAAGGUGGUAAAAAUCAAAAUUUCCUAAAAAAAAUAUAUAUAUUUAAAAUUUUAAGUGGUAAUUUCUAAAAUGAUUACAAAUUUUACAAUCGUUUAUGGUUGUUAUCAAAGAAAAAAAAAUUCUAAAAAAAAAAAUACUUGUAGAUAGUUUCUGAAUUAUUGUCAUCUAUCUCAAAAGAUCUUAUGGUUAGGCAAAUGCACACAAGUGCACAAUCACUGAAAAACUACUCCCAAUCUUCUUUUAAUGGUGACCUCUUCUCUCUUUCUGUUAUCUUCUUUCUUUCUAACAUUCUUCCCUUUUCAAAACCGCUUAUUUACUUAUCCAAUUCACUCAAUUUCCCACAAAACUUUAGCCCCUUUUAUCUUCUUCAUUCUCUUCCAUUUCCAUUAACAUAAAGCUUCAAUCUUUACAUGUUUAGCUUCAAUGGAAGGCACCAUCUUCCCCAACAAACCAACAUUACCAAUUCAACAAGCAAAACCAAAACCAAUUCUUCCACAAAAUCAUCAACAACAACCAAAUAUAGCCUUGAAAUUUAGCUCUACUACUUUACCUCUUCCUCCUCAAUCCCAAAACCCUCCUCCUUCUUUAGCCAUUGAUUCUCUUCUUCAACACCUUCUUCAUCUUUCUUCUACUCCAACCAAUACCCAUUUCUCUAAAUUCACCAAUUCCAAUAAUACCCUUUUGCCUUCUUUGCCACUUUCAUCUCUGAACUCCUUCAAUAAUAAUGGUUUUCAUUGCAUAGACUCGAAUUCCGCCACUCGAAUGGUGGCGGAUGAAGUGGGUAAGAAUGGUGUUGCUUCACUCGAUUUCUUGUCUGAUAAGGGUAAGUUGUUAUUGAAUUCUAUGUUGGGAAUACCCUUGUGUAAUUUGAUUGAUUUCUUUUAUUCUGUGAAAUUUGAUUUGUUAGAAGCUGAUUUAAUCAGUUUAUUGAAGGGGUUAGAUGUUUUGGGGAAUUGGGAAAAGGCUGUUUUGUUGUUUGAAUGGGGUUUGAUGAAUGUUAGGUUACAAGAUGAGAAGAUGAAUUAUCAGGUUGUUGAAUUGAUGGCUAGGAUUUUAGGUAGAGAAUCACAGCAUACUGUUGCAGUUAAAUUGUUUGAUGUUAUUCCUCUUGAAGAGUAUACAUUAGAUGUUCGAGCUUAUACCUCGAUUCUUCAUGCUUAUGCUCGAACGGGCAAGUAUAAGAAGGCGGUUUCGAUUUUUGAGAACAUGAAGGAGAAGGGUCUGGUUCCAACUUUGGUGACUUAUAAUGUAAUGCUAGAUGUUUAUGGAAAGAUGGGUAGGUCUUGGGAUAAGAUAUUGUGUCUUCUAGAUGAGAUUAAGAGUAAAGGGCUUAAAUUCGACGAAUUCACUUGUAGUACUGUGAUUUCUGCUUGUGGUAGGGAGGGGUUGUUGGAUGAAGCAAGGAAUUUCUUUGCUCAGUUGAAAUCACAGGGUUAUAAACCAGGAACUGUUACUUAUAACUCUUUGCUUCAAGUGUUUGGGAAAGCCGGAGUUUACUCUGAGGCUUUGAAUAUCUUGAAAGAAAUGGAGGAGACUGGCUGUCCUCCUGACUCUGUAACUUAUAAUGAGCUAGUUGCUACAUAUGUGAGGGCGGGGUUUCUUGAAGAAGGAGCUGCUGUGAUAGAUACAAUGACUCGUAAAGGGAUAAUGCCCAAUGCAAUUACUUAUACCACUGUGGUUGAUGCAUAUGGGAAAGCUGGAAAGGUUGAUGAGGCUUUGGCUUUGUUCAAUUAUAUGAAGGUUUCUGGUUGUGUUCCUAAUGUUUGUACCUACAAUUCUAUCCUCGGGAUGCUAGGGAAGAAGUCAAGAUCAGAAGAGAUGAUAGAGAUAUUGUUUGACAUGAAGGUAACCGGGUGCUCUCCUAAUCGAAUUACAUGGAACACAAUGCUUGCAAUGUGUGGUAGUACUGGCAAGGAGAAGUUUGUGAAUCGGGUUUUCCAGGAGAUGAAACGUAGUGGUUUUGAGCCUGACCGGGAUACAUUCAACACUUUGAUCAGUGCAUAUGGUCGGUGUGGUUCACGAAUUGAUGCUACCAAGAUAUUUGAGGAGAUGAUGGAAGCAGGUUUUAGCCCAUGUGUCACAACUUACAAUGCUUUUUUGAAUGCGUUGGCUAGAAAGGGAGAUUGGCAAGCAGCAGAAUCAAUCAUGCUUGAUAUGAAGAACAAGGGAUUUAAGCCUAAUGACACCUCUUACUCCUCAAUGAUUCAAUGUUAUGCGAAGGGAGGGAACGUGAAGGGCAUACAAAGAAUUGAAACAGAGAUAUAUCAGGGCCAAAUUUUUCCCAGCUGGAUGCUUCUAAGGACCCUUGUCCUUGCAAAUUUCAAAUGUAGGGCACUGCCCGGUAUGGAGAGAGCAUUCAAGGAGUUGCAGAAAAGUGGGUAUAAGCCCGAUUUAGUUGUAUUCAAUUCAAUGCUCUCAAUUUAUGCAAGGAACAAAAUGUAUGACCGUGCUCAAGAAAUCAUGCACUUGAUUCAAGAGAAUGGAUUGCAGCCUGAUCUAAUAACUUACAAUAGCUUGAUGGAUAUGUAUGCAAGAGCUGGGGAAUGUUGGAAGGCAGAUGAGGUAUUGCGAAACCUGCUGAAAAGCGGUGGAAAACCUGAUCUUGUGUCUUAUAACACAGUCAUCAAAGCAUUUUGCAGGCAAGGUUUGAUGCAGGAAGCAAUAAAGAUUAUGUCAGAGAUGACAACAAGAGGUAUACGCCCAUGCAUAGUCACCUACAACACUUUCAUGGCUGGUUAUGCAGGGCGAGGGAUGUUUUCAGAGAUCGAUGAAGUUAUAAACUAUAUGAUUCAGCAUGAUUGUUGGCCUAAUGAGCUGACUUAUAAGAUUAUUGUAGAUGGUUACUGUAAAGCAAACAAAUAUAGAGAAGCUUUUGAUUUUGUUACCAGAAUCAAGGAGAAGGAUAACUCUUUUGAUGAUCAAUCUUUACAUCGGCUCAUAUCUCGCAUUAGGCAGGACGAGGAACUGUAACUUCCUGAUGUAAUUUUGUAUAAUAGGGAAAAUUUCAGAUGUCCCGUCUCUCAGUUUUGCUAUCUUUUUGUUUAGCCACUGUAAUUCAGAUUAGUGAGAUUCAUGAUGAUUUUUUCAUAACAGGAUGAAAAAUUCUUUUAUAAGAAAUUACAGCUGUAUCAAGCUAAUACUUGAAUGUUUCUAGUUGGAAUUAAGC